CGCAUCAUCGUCAGAAAUCGGAGCUAGUCUUUAGUGUGUAUGAUCUUGUAGCGUAAUGGUAUUGUUAUUGUAUUAGUUGUCAAUCUCGCUAUCAACCAACAAUUAUUGUUUUCAAUACUUAACAUAGCUAGUAAUACCGUGGAUGUGGGCGUUAGCCAGAGUGUAUAGAGAACCCAACGAGCCUCGUUUUGCACUGCUUACAGUGUGGCAGUAGCUAGCUAGCACUAGCAGGUUAAAGCGAUUCAAUUUGGGAUUGUGCAAAGCGUUAGUAAUGGCAGACCCUGCACGGAUCAAGAGUGGAAACAUAUCUGAACAGGCAGCAUCGAUCUCCGAGGAACUUUCUAAAAGCGAGGACACAGAAGAUGUGGCCCACGCCACAGAUUCAGAUUUAAAUGAUGCUUCUGGUCAAUCAGAGUCUAAACACGAAAACAAACAAGAGUCUGUGACUGGCGAAGAAGACGAAGAGGGUACUUCCGGCCAGCCUUCCUCCAAAAAGAUGAAAAUCGAGCCAGAGAAGAAGAAAGAGAAGCGUCACAAGGUUGAUGAAGAUGAAAUUCAGAAGAUGCAGGUAUUGGUGUCCUCUUUUUCUGAGGAGCAGCUGAAUCGUUAUGAGAUGUACAGACGUUCUGCCUUCCCCAAAGCUGCUAUCAAGAGGUUGAUCCAGUCCAUAACAGGAUCAUCAGUUUCCCAGAAUGUGGUCAUCGCCAUGUCGGGCAUAUCCAAAGUCUUUGCCGGGGAAAUAGUGGAAGAGGCACUGGAUGUCUGUGAAAAGUGGGGUGACACGCCCCCUCUUCAGCCCAAGCACAUGAGGGAAGCUGUGAGGAGGCUGAGAAGCAGAGAGCAGAUCCCCAACACCAAACACAAGCACAUUCUCUUCCACUGAUGCCCUGUGCUGUUUGCAGAUGGACAGGCAGAGAGCCUAGUGGUGAUCAGUUUCCCUUGGAUGAUGCCAACCUACCACUAUGCUCCUGUGCUGAGGCCCAGGCCGAGACUGGGCUCCACACAUUCUCCCAUCCAAUCACCAUGGUAGUAAGAUUGUGACAAAAGCAACAAAGCAAACUUGCUCUCUACAGUACUGCAGCUGAAAUGAAUUGUGUUUUAAAUCA